CACUUUGGUCGCGUGAACAGUACUGGUUCACUGACUAACUGAAAAUUGUACACUGAUAAAUAAUAAAUUGUUAUUUUCAUUAAAAAAUGGACAGAUGUUGCGAAUGGAAUCAGUUGGCUGUUCAUAAGAAACCGCCAGAGGUACUUCGAAAUAAACUGCAGUUACCGGUAAAAACAUUAACGGGUCCUGGUCCGACUAAUUGUUCGAAGCGGGUUCUUCAGUCUCUUCAGAAUCAAGUUCUUGGUCAUCUUCAUCCAGAAGUUUGUCAGUUAAUGGACGAGAUUAAGGCAGGUCUUCAGUACGUGUUUCAAACCAGAAAUAGGCUUACUUUGGCAUUAAGCACGUCAGGCCACGGCGGUAUAGAAGCUUCUUUAACAAAUUUACUUGAACCUGGAGAAACUAUACUCAUUGUGAAAUGUGGGAUUUGGGGUGAACGAGCAGCCGACAUGGCUAAUCGAAUUGGCGCAAACGUAAAAGUGAUACAAACAGAACAUACUAAAGCUGUCACAUUGGAGGAAUUGGAAAUAGCUUUGGUACUGUAUAGGCCAGUCGCAGUUUUCAUGGUUCAUGCUGAAUCCUCCACCGGUUUAAAACAACCAUUAGAAGGUUUUGGUGAUCUUGUUCACAGGUACAAUGCUCUUCUUAUCGUUGACGUAGUUGCGUCACUAUGCGGUGAGCCAUUCUUUAUGGAUUCUUGGGGCAUCGAUGUGACUUACACAGGCAGCCAGAAGGUUCUUGGUGCCCCACCAGGGCUCUCUCCUAUUUCGUUCAGUCCACGGGCAGAGCAAAAAUUGUUUCAAAGAAAGACCAAACCUCUUUCGUAUUACUUGGAUUUGACUAUGCUUGGAGCUUAUUGGAAGUGUUUUGACAAUGAGAAUCGCGUGUAUCAUCACACCAUAAGUGCCACGCUACUUUAUGCUCUCCGUGAAGCGUUGGCGGAAAUCGCUGAAGAGGGUCUUCAAGCAUUGUGGAUCAGACACGCUGCCGCAGCUGCCAGAUUAAGAAAGGGUCUUGAAUUACGGGGUCUUCGAUCUUAUGUGAAAAUUCCACAGUAUCAAUUAUCUACAGUGAUCUCUAUAGAGUUGCCACCUGGCGUCGAUGAUACGAUCAUUGUUCAACGAGCCAUGGAAAAGUACAAGGUUGAAGUGAGUAAAGGCUUGGGACCAACUGUUGGGAAAAUUUUACGAAUUGGACUGCUAGGAAUCAACGCAACACCUAGAAAGGUUGACCUUGUUCUGCUUGCUUUGGACGAGGGUUUGAAGCAAGCAUCACAAUCUAAACUUUAA